AACGAGGAAGAAGAAGAAUAGAAGAAAGACGUCUCCGUUCGAAAACAUUUCUACACCUCUUGUUUCCAAGUCCAAGAAGAACAUCAGGAGAAGUACUAAAAACAUUAAGGCUUGUUCAUCUCCUUCUCCUUCAGCAUCCAUCGAUCCUGGAAGGCGUUAUAUACCUAAUCGAUCCAUCUUCAGCAGCAUCCUGGAAGGCCUUACAGUUAUAUAAAAGUAUCAAGGGAAAUUUAGGGGUCUUCUAGAAUGGAUCUUGACGUGGAUCACUUGCGCGACCUUUAAUAAAACAAAUAACAAACAGAAACAAGUAGCCGACGUCUCAGAGUUCCGCGAUGAGACUAAGCUGUCUCUCGAAAAGGAUGGACAACGAUUCGGGAAUUGCGAACGUGGGAUUGACCUGUUGUAUUUGGUGGGGAAAGAAGCAGUCGAA